GAAAUUUCCAGCUUGGCUUAUAAGUUACUGAUUUCAACCAUUAAUUGUGUGCUUCAGGGGCCAAAUAGAUUCUGUUUAUCCUGAUUAAAGUAACUAAAAAUUGCAUUGGGAUCUUGGAUAAAAUGGCAGUGGAGAAUGGCUUGGACAGCCAAACAAACACAGAUGCAGCCACCACAUCAAAAAGCAAUGCAGAAGAAGAGAAAACCUCCAGCAUGAAUGGUGAUCAAGAAGACUCAAAGAAGAGCAAAGGGGAUGAGAAAACUAGCACUGUUCCAUUUCGGAAACUGUUCUCAUUUGCAGAUUCCACUGAUAUUUUGCUGAUGAUCCUUGGCACAAUUGGUGCCGUUGGGAAUGGGAUAUGUAUGCCCCUUAUGACUCUGCUAUUCGGGGAAUUGUCCAAUUCUUUUGGACAAAACCAGAAUAGCCCCAACAUGGUUGAUACAGUUUCCAAGGUCUGUCUAAAAUUUGUCUACUUGGCACUGGGUGCGGCUCUAGCAGCUUUCCUUCAGGUGGCUUGUUGGAUGGUGACAGGGGAGCGACAGGCUGCACGAAUAAGGCGUUUAUAUCUGAAGACUAUUCUGAGGCAAGAUGUUGCAUUCUUUGAUAAGGAAAAAAACACUGGCGAGGUUGUUAGCAGAAUGUCUGCUGACACCGUCCUAAUACAGGAUGCAAUGGGUGAGAAGGUUGGGAAAUUUUUGCAACUGACUACUACAUUCAUCGGUGGCUUUGUGGUAGCAUUUAUCAAAGGGUGGCUUCUAACCCUUGUCAUGUUAUCCUCUCUUCCUCUUCUUGUGGCAUCUGGUGCAGUUAUGUCCAUCAUCAUACCCAAGAUGGCGUCCCGGGGACAAAGUGCUUAUGCAAAAGCAGCAAAUGUAGUUGAACAGACGAUUGGCUCAAUCAGAACAGUUGCAUCAUUCACCGGUGAGAAGCAAGCUAUAAUUAGUUACAAGAAAUAUGUUUUAAAAGCUUACAAUUCAGGCGUUCAGGAAGGCUUGGCUUCUGGUUUUGGUCUUGGCACAGCUACGUUUGUACGCUUCUGCACUUACGCUUUGGCAGCAUGGUUUGGUGCAAAGAUGAUACUGGAGAAAGGAUAUAAUGGGGGUCAAGUGCUGUCCGUGAUAUUUGCCGUGUUAUCUGGUUCCAUGUCUCUAGGACAGGCAUCUCCCUGCAUGAGUGCAUUCGCUGCAGGACAAGCUGCAGCAUUUAAGAUGUUUGAAACUAUAGGGAGGAAGCCAGUGAUAGAUGCUUAUGACACAAAGGGAAGGACGUUAGAUGACAUUCAUGGAGAUAUAGAGCUAAGGGAUGUUUAUUUCAGUUACCCAAGCAGACCAGAUGAACUAAUAUUCAAUGGAUUCUCUCUUUCUAUCCCAAGUGGCACAACUACAGCUUUGGUUGGACAAAGUGGAAGUGGGAAGUCAACAGUCAUUAGUCUGAUAGAGAGAUUCUAUGACCCUAAUGCUGGCGAAGUUCUUAUAGGUGGAAUUAACCUCAAAGAAUUUCAGCUCAAAUGGAUUAGAGGGAAAAUUGGUCUUGUCAGCCAGGAACCUGUGUUAUUUGCAUCCAGCAUUAAGGAUAAUAUUGCAUAUGGAAAGGAUGGUGCAACUAUUGAAGAGAUAAGAGCAGCAGCUGAACUAGCCAAUGCUGCUAAAUUCAUUGACAAAUUGCCACAGGGGCUAGAUACCAUGGUUGGUGAGCACGGAACACAGAUGUCUGGUGGACAGAAACAGAGGAUUGCCAUUGCAAGAGCAAUUCUGAAAGACCCACGAAUACUACUUCUUGAUGAAGCUACAAGUGCACUUGAUGCAGAGUCUGAAAGGAUAGUGCAAGAGGCAUUGGACAGGAUUAUGGUCAACAGGACAACAGUCAUUGUUGCCCAUCGUUUGAGCACAGUAAGGAAUGCUGAUAUGAUUGCCGUCAUUCAUAGAGGAAAGAUGGUUGAAAAAGGCGCGCACUCAGAACUACUCAAGGAUCCUGAGGGAGCAUACUCUCAGCUUAUACGCUUGCAAGAAGUAAACAAAGGAUCAGAACAAGCAUUAGAUGAUCGAAACAAUCCGGAAAUUACUGUGGAAUCAUUCAGACACUCAACUCAAAGAAUGUCAAUCCAACGAUCCAUAAGUCGAGGAUCAUCUGGAGUGGGAAACAGUAGCCGCCACUCAUUCUCUGUAUCAUUUGGUUUACCUACAGGAGUUAAUGUACCAGACAUUGCACGGGCAGAAACAGAAUCCCCUUCAGUACCUACAGAAGAACUUCCAAAUGUUCCACUCAGCCGCGUUGCCUACCUUAACAAGCCUGAGAUUCCAGUGCUUAUAAUUGGAGCUGUAGCUGCAAUCCUCAAUGGCGUAAUACUUCCAAUUUUAGGAUUCCUAAUUUCCAGCGCUAUCAAGAUAUUUUUUGAACCUAAUGGACUAAAAAAGGAUUCAAAAUUUUGGGCAAUAAUGUUUAUGCUCCUUGGUCUGGCAUCAUUUCUGAUGAGUCCAGCACGAUCAUACUUCUUUGCUGUGGCUGGGUGUAAAUUAAUCGGACGUAUUAGAGUAAUGUGCUUUGAGAAGGUGGUUAACAUGGAGGUUAGUUGGUUUGAUGAUCCUGAUAAUUCAAGUGGUGCAAUUGGUGCAAGGCUCUCAGCCGAUGCAGCAUCAGUGCGUGCUUUAGUAGGGGAUGCACUUGGUCAGAUGGUAGAAAAUAUGGCUUCAGCGGUUGCUGGGUUGGUCAUUGCCUUUGUUGCUUGCUGGCAGUUGGCUUUUAUUAUCCUGUUAUUGAUUCCUCUAAUUGGAGUUAAUGGAUUUAUUCAAGUGAAGUUCAUGAAAGGAUUUAGUGCAGAUGCAAAGAUGAUGUAUGAGGAAGCGAGCCAGGUUGCAAAUGAUGCUGUUGGAAGUAUAAGAACUGUUGCUUCUUUUUGUGCUGAAGAGAAUGUGAUGGAAUUAUACAAAAGAAAAUGUGAAGGUCCGAUGAAGACUGGGAUACGGCAAGGACUGAUUAGUGGAAUAGGAUUUGGGUUAUCUUUCUUCUUAUUGUUUUCUGUCUACGCAACUAGUUUCUAUGCUGGAGCUCGACUUGUUGAGGCUGGCAAAACAACAUUCUCAGACGUUUUCCGGGUUUUUUUGGCCUUAACCAUGGCAGCAAUUGGAAUUUCUCAAACAAGCUCCUUUGCUCCUGAUUCUAGCAAAGCCAAGAACGCCGCCACUUCCAUAUUUGCAAUAUUAGAUCUGAAGUCAAAGAUAGACCCAAGUGAGGAGUCUGGCAUAAAAUUGGAUGAUGUAAAGGGCGAAAUUGAGCUUCUUCAUAUAAGCUUUAAGUAUCCUUCUAGACCAGAUAUUCAUAUUUUCCGAGACCUCAACUUAAAAAUUCAUUCUGGCAAGACGGUUGCCCUUGUCGGAGAAAGUGGUUGUGGAAAAUCAACAGUGGUCUCACUUUUACAAAGAUUUUAUGAUCCUGAUUCAGGCCAUGUAACACUGGAUGGUAUUGAAAUUCAAAAGUUUCAACUCAAAUGGUUGAGGCAGCAAAUGGGGCUUGUGAGCCAAGAACCAAUUUUGUUCAAUGACACUAUCCGUGCCAACAUUGCAUAUGGAAAGGAAGGAGAUGCAACUGAGGCAGAAAUUAUAUCUGCAUCAGAGUUGGCCAAUGCCCACAAAUUCAUUAGUAGCUUACAACAGGGUUAUGAUACCAUGGUAGGUGAACGAGGAGUCCAAUUAUCUGGUGGGCAAAAGCAACGUGUUGCCAUUGCACGUGCCAUAGUUAAAAGUCCAAAAAUAUUAAUAUUAGAUGAAGCUACUAGUGCACUAGAUGCCGAGUCUGAGAAAAUUGUUCAAGAUGCAUUAGACCAAGUCAUGGUUAACCGGACUACAAUAGUUGUGGCUCAUCGAUUAUCCACAAUCAAGAAUGCUGAUCUAAUAGCAGUUGUUAAAAAUGGUGUAAUAGUGGAGAAAGGGAAGCAUGAAACUUUGAUUAAUAUCAAGGAUGGAUUUUAUGCCUCCUUAGUGGCACUCCACACUAGUGCUUCAACCGUUUGAAUUAUUUUCUAACUGUUCUCUUCUC